GCGACGUUCCUGUCUGUUGAUAUCAGACGAGAUAUCGCAAUACUGUAUCCAUAUUUCAAGUAUUGUGCCAAUUCAUCUUUAUCUGACAAUUCGUGACUUUGCUGAAUACUGCUGACAGCGCCCGUCGUAUAAUGCCUCGCAAAAAGCCAUUCAGCGUAAAACAGAAGAAAAAGCAACUACAAGAUAAGCGAGAGACUCGGAGAAAUCGUCAGCCGCAGUCGUCAUUCGCAGCUCAGCCUCAUCGUUCUCGUGUGCAGUCCAAGGAAGAGAGUAACUCAGAAUCUAAUUCAGAUUGCGAAAACAAUGAAGUUUUUAAAGUUAACCACCAACCAGCCAAAAAGAUAGACCAGAAAUAUGAUCCAAAUAGGUUUCGUCUUCAUUUUGAAAGAGAAUCAAAAGUUGAAUUAUCAGAGAGAAAGAAAAGAGCUAGUGAACCAUUUUUGAUGCUAUCCGAGGAGAAUUUAGAAGUUGAUAUUGAUGAUAUUUACAAACCCGGAUCCGUGUUAGACAUGCCUAAGAGACCACCAUGGGAAUAUUCUUUAACCAAAGAACAGGUUGAGAAAAGAGAGGAAAUUUAUUUCAACGAAUACUUAGAAAAUAUUUAUGAUAAAUAUACACCAAAAGAACUAAGUUAUUUUGAACACAAUUUAGAGACUUGGCGGCAACUAUGGCGUGUUUUAGAAAUGUCCGAUAUUGUUCUACUAAUUACUGAUAUACGGCAUCCUAUAUUGCAUUUCUCUCCAGCGCUUUAUAACUAUGUCAUUAAGGAUCUUAAAAAACAACUUAUAUUAGUUCUCAACAAAAUAGACUUGGCUCCAUCCUCUUUGGUGGUAGCGUGGAAACAUUAUUUCCAGACUAAAUUCCCUGAGCUUAGAAUUGUUUGUUUCACUGCUUUUCCCAAAGAAAGGAUUUUGGAUAAUGCCGAUCCCAAUAAAAAAUUAAAUAAAAAGAGAAGAAGAGGACAUUUUACAGCAGUUGGUCCCAAACAGUUGUUUAUUGCCUGUGAAAAUAUUUGUAAAGAUAAAGUUGAUUUAAGUAGUUGGAAAAAUAAAAUAGAAGCAGAAAUAGAAGGUGAAGAUAGUAUCUACGAACACAUCGCGUUGAAUCAUGAUGAUGCUGUUCCCGAUGCAUCGUAUGAAGAACAUGUUCAGUUCAAAGAAGGAAUGUUAACAAUAGGAUGUGUGGGUCAUCCAAAUGUUGGCAAGUCAUCACUAAUGAAUGGUUUAGUAGGAAAAAAAGUAGUGAGUGCCUCGCGGACACCAGGACAUACAAAACAUUUCCAGACUAUCUUUCUAACACACUCUGUUAAACUCUGUGAUUCACCAGGACUUAUCUUUCCAGCAAUAGUAGAUAAACAGUUACAGAUUCUAUCCGGUAUUUAUCCAAUAGCCCAAGUACAAGAACCAUACUCAGCUGUGGGUUAUUUAGCACAAAGAAUACCUUUAUCAUGUAUAUUAAAAUUAAAACACCCCAAUGAAGAUACUACAGAGCGAGGUGCAUGUGCGCCACAGUGGUCAGCUUAUGAUAUAUGUGAUGCAUGGGCUGAAAAGCGUGGAUUCAUAACAGCUAAAGCUGGUAGAAAUGAUACCUACCGAGCUGCUAAUAAUAUAUUAAGACUGGCAGUCGAAGGCAGACUAGUAUUAUGCAUGUCACCCGUUGGAUAUACCGCUGAGAAAGCCAAAUGGGAGAGUCAUCCUGAGACUAAAUAUAUAGCAGCUUUACAGGAACAACACAGAGAAUUACAAUUGGAAGACGAACAGCAAUCUGAUCUAUCUCGAGACUUUACGAGUUCAGAGGGCGAUAGUGACGCUGAUGUGGAGAGUGAAGUAGAUAGUGAUAGGAAGUCACUAGGGGCGGAUAGAGCCAAAAAUAUUGGUUUCUUUUGUAGUAAUCCCUUCUCUGCUCUGUCUUGAAAUUGGUGUUAAUUUUUAUGUUCCAGUAGCCGGGCAUCUGACAUUUCAUUGGGGGGGGGGGGGUAUGAUACUGUAAAAUACUUUAUUUUCACUUGGAAUUAAUUUUUGCUGAAGGAAUUAAUGAUUCAAUAAAAAUAACAUUCCACUCAUCGAAAAUCAGUGAAAAUAAAUUCCAUACAAGACAUCCAAAAAGUUUUUUCAGCAAAAAUUAAUUCUCACUUAUUAAAAUAAAGUAUUUUACAGUACUGUAAAAUCUGCAUUAGGAACAGCUGCUUCUAUUAAAAUGGUACAAUGCAACAGAGGGGAUGCGGCUUCUAUUAGAGCAUCUACACAUAUUAGAAAUGAUGAAUUUUUGGUUCUCAAUUAUUCAAAUAGGAUGGAUGCAACUUCUAUUAGGGAUGCGGCUUCUAAUACAGAUUUUACGGUAAUACUAAAACCUAGAGCAGUGGACGGUUCAGUACUUGACUGAUAUACCAGUACAAUGGACAACUUCAGUCUUGGCUCUAAACCCAGAUAUCACAAGUCUGUAAAUAUGUGCAGUAAUGAAGUCCAGUGAAAAUACUUUGUCUCUUAGAUGUAACAUUUAAUAAUCAAAAACAGAAAUCCUGAAAUUGCAGGUUUCAUUAAAAAAUAAAUUCUGGCUACAAUAAAAUGAUCUUGAUUACUCAAAGAGACUGUUGAGUCUCGGCAUUCAAGUUUAUAAUAGUUCUUUCUAAUUUCCUUUUCAUGAAUGAAGGAAAAGUUAUAUUUAUACGACACAAGGUCACUAUGCAAUUUUUAGAGGAUGUACAUGUUUAUCCGGAAAUAUAGAAUAGAAAAUCUGUUGGUUUCAGCUGUGUUCGAUUAUGUGAUGUGCAGACUCAGUCAAAGUUGGUUACAGUGUACCAUGCUAGCACUUUACAAUGUGUAUGGUCACCAGCGGUUAAUAAAUAAUACCUGGUAUCAGAGGUACAUUACUUGGGGUUUGCAACUCGCAUAGUACUGUAUGGUGACAUCAUGUCAAGAUCCCAUUCAAGUCUCUUCUCGUAGAUAGCGAGACUGAGGCUACAACCUUAUGACAUGACGCAUAUCAAUGUUCAAGGUUUGUAAUGAAAAAAAUAAACUUUUCUUGUCACCAUCAUAGUGAAAAAUGUAAUACAUCGAAAAUGUGCAGAAAAUAUAGUUCUCGUAAUCCGUCAUAUCGUGAGCAGCUAUUUUGAUCCACCUGGACAUCCCAGUAUCUUAGUUACCUCGGGCAUGCGCAUUCGCAUUUUUUCUGAGUUGGAACGCUUAUGCGAGAGCGAGAUUGUGACGGGAUCUUGGUAUCAUGUCACCGUAGUUACAAACCCCAAGUAAUGUACCUCUGCUGGUAUAUAUAAUCUGCAUAUUAAAAAAAAACUGUUGGUAAUAAAUAGACAUAAAAGAUCAAGUUUGUAGUUAUUGGAAAACUGAAUUGUGAAGUCAAUAUGUCCAAUAAUCAAAAGUGGUAUGAUAAAAUAUAAUUUGAGAUUUACAUUUUUUUGUUUCUCGUUUUGUAUCGCACUCUCCAUGGCACGCAACUAACUCCACUGACAAUUUAAUUGAAUUAUCUCAUGCUCUAGUUGUGUUGAUGACAGUUGAUUGUAUUGUUUUAAUUAAUUUGUAACUUGAUUUGGAAAUAAAUCAUUGCCCG